AUGGAGGACAUAAAUCUACAGCUUCAUGAGGCAGCAUUGAGGGGUAAAAUCAGAACCGUCAAAAAACUGCUAAAAGAGGAUGCUAACAUAAACCAUGCAGACCAAGAUGGAAACACAAGUUUACAUAAUGCGGUGAAGAAAGACCAUAUAACCGUCACUGAGUUACUCAUAAACCAAGGUGCUGAUAUUGAGAAGGCGACUACAGAUGGACAAACACCCUUACAUCUUGCUGCAUCACUCGGACGUCUUAAAGCAUCGAAAAUUAUACUCAGUCAUGGAGCAAAUAUGGACACAGAAGACAAUGACGGCUACUCUGCAUUAUACAGCGCUGUAAGGAAUUGUCAUCUUGAUGUCACCAAGUAUCUGAUCAGCCAAGGUGCUGAGGUAAAUAAGGGAAAUAAUAAAGGUAGGACUGCAUUACACGCUGCUGCUUUCAAUGGUCACCUUAAGAUAAUGAAAUAUCUGAUCAGUCAAGGAGCUGAUGUGAAUAACGGUAAUAAUGACGGUAAGACUGCAUUACACAAUGGUGCUUUCAAUGGUCAUCUUGAUGUCACCAAAUAUCUUAUCAGUCAAGGAGCUGAGGUGAAUAAGGAAGAUAAUGACGGUAUGGCUGCAUGCCACAUUGCUGCUGUGAGGGGUCAUCUAGACGUCAACAAAUAUCUCAUUAGUCAGGGAGCUGAUUGUAAUGAGGGUAACGGUAUGACUGACCUACACAUUGCUGCCUUCAGCGGUCUUCUUAGUGACGCUAUAUCUCUGAUCAGGGAGGGAGCUGAGGUGAAUAAGGGAGAUAAUGACGGUAGGACUGCACUACACUUUGCUGCUCGCCAGGGUCACCUUGAAGUCAUCAAAUAUCUUAUCAGGCAAGGAGCUGAUGUAAAUAAGAGAGAUAAUAACGGGUGGAAUGCAUUCCUCGGUGCUGCUCAUGGGAGUCAUCUUGAUAUCACCAAAUAUCUUGUCAGUCAAGGAGCUGAGAUGAAUAACGGAGAUAAACACGAUAGGACUGCAUUACAACUUGCUGCUCAAGUAGGUCAUCUUGAUGUCACGAAAUAUCUUAUCAGUCUAGGAGCAGAGGUGAAUAAGGGAGAUAAUAACGGUAGGACUGCAUUACACGGGGCUGCUCACCGGGGUCAACUUGAAGUCACCAAAUAUCUCGUCCGUCAAGGAGCUAAGGUGAAUAACGGAAAUAAUAACGAUAUGACUGCAUUACACCUUGCUGUUCAGGGGGGUUAUCAUGAUGUCACCAAAUAUCUAAUCAGUCGAGGAGCUAAGAUGAAUAAGGGAGAUAUUAACGGUAUGACGGCAUUACACGGGGCUGCUGCUGAGGGUCAUCUUGAUGUCACCAAAUAUCUCAUCAGUCUAGGAGCAGAUGUGAAUAAGGGAGAUAAUGACGGUAGGACUGCAUUACACGGGGCUGCUCACCGGGGUCAACUUGAAGUCACCAAAUAUCUCGUCGGUCAAGGAGGUGAGGCGAAAAAGGGAGAUAACGACGUCACGAAGUGCGUCAUCGGUCGAGGAGAUGAAGUGAAUAUGGGAAAUAAUGAGGGUAGGACUGCAUUACACUUCGCUGCUGCUGAGGGUCAUCUUGAUGUCACCAAAUAUCUCAUCAGCCAUCGAGCCGAUGUGAACAAGGGAGCUUAUGACGGUGAGACUGCAUUACACGGUGCUGCUGAGAAGGGCCAUUUUGAUGUCACCGUCUAUCUCAUCAGUCAAGGAGCUAAGGUGAAUAAGGGGAAUAAUGACGGUAGGACGUCGUUUCACCUUGCUGCUGAGAAUAGUCAUCUUGCUCUCACCAAGUAUCUCAUCAGUGAAGGAGCUGAAGUGAAUAAGAGGAAUAAUGACGGUAGGACUGCGUUUCACCUUGCUGCUGAGAAUGGUCAUCUUGCUCCCACCAAGUAUCUCAUCAGUCAAGGAGCUGAAGUGAAUAUGGGAAAUAAUGAGGCUGAGGUGAAUAAGAGGAAUAAUGAAGGUAGGACAGCAUUUCAACUUGCUGCUGAGAAUGGUCAUCUUACUCUCACCAAGUUUCUCAUCAGUGAAGGUGCUGAAGUCAGUGAGGGGGAUAAUCACAAUUCGACUGCAUUAAUCUUUCCUGCUAAGGACGAGCAUGUUGCUGCCACCGAACGUCCCACCAGUCAAUCAGGGGCUGAAUGUUCUAAGGGAGAUGAUCACCUUAGGGUUGCAUUACAAAGUGCUGCUAAGGACGGGCAUCUUGAUGUCACAAAAAAGCUCAUUAGCCAAGGAGCUGAUUUCGCCCAGAAUGAAUUAGCGGAAAUCCAUCUAGCCAUACAACACGGUCAUACCUCCAUCAUUGAGAAGUUAGUUUCAGAGGGAACCGAUCUCAAUAUCCAGUCAACCGACGGCCAGACUUGUCUCCAUAAAGCCAUUAAACUCUGCUAUAAGAGCGAGACGAUUGUGCAAGACACGGAUACACUCAAAUAUGUGAGUUGUACCCCAGUAACGCUAACGAGACCGACACCAGCCCAAUAA